AUGUGGAGAGCCAACAUAAAAACAGGAGAUUAUCACGACAAUGUGAACGGCAAGAUGUAUUUUAAAUGGCUGACGGAAAAAUUAAUUCCAAAUUUACCUCCUCGGACUGUUGUGGUUAUUGACAAUGCAUCUUAUCACAAUGUCCAAGUAGAUAAGUGCCCAACUUCGAAGAACACUAAAUCAGAAAUGCAAGAUUGGCUGAUACAGAAGAAUAUUGCAUUCUCAUCGUCAUCGCCGAAGGUGGAGCUCUAUGAGUUGAUUAGGCAACACAAACCGGCGCACAUUCGCUAUCACAUUGACGAGAUUAUGAGAGAACAUGUACACGACAUCCUUAGGCUCCCUCCAUAUCAUCCCAUACUCAAUGCCAUAGAGCUAAUCUGGGCUGAUGUAAAAAACUGGGUUGCAGCUCACAAUGUGACUUUCAACUUACAUGAUGUUGAGCGCCUUGUGAACCAGAAGUUUGAAACCAUAACUGAAACGGACUGGAAAAAAAUAUGUGAAAAUGUGAAGAAAAUGGAAGAGAAGUUCAUACGAGUUCAAAGUCAACUGGAAGAUACCAUUGAAUCUUUUGUUAUCGAUCUUGGUGCAGAGUCCAGUGAAGAGGACAACAGUGACUUUUCUGAAGAUGACUUUGAAGACGGGAAUUUGUCAGGAAUCGAAGAGUUGAUUUAA